AUGGCCUCCCUCUUCCGCCCGACCCUGCUGCGCCAGGCUGGCCUUGCCCGCCACGCCCUCGCCCGGCCGGCGGCGCCCUCGACCAUCGCUCGCGUGGCCGCCUUCCACGCCUCCAGCCGGAGGAGCCUGCUUCCUCCUGGUCCUCUCAACGACGCCGCCCCCGUCCCGUCGCCCUCGCCCUCGCACGGCUCGUACCACUGGACCUUUGAGCGCCUGAUCGCCGCGGGCCUCGUGCCGCUCUCGGUCGCGCCCUUUGCCGGCGGCUCCGUGAGCCCCGUCCUCGACGCCGCCCUGUGCUCGCUCCUGCUCCUCCACACCCACCUCGGCUUCCAGGCCAUCCUGAUCGACUACGUCCCCAACAGCCGCUACCCGGGCAUGCGCAAGGCCCUGACCUGGCUCCUCAACGGCGCCACCCUGCUCGUCGGCGUCGGGCUUUACGAGUACGAGACAAACGACAUUGGUCUCACCGAGACCGUCAAGCGCGUCUGGACUGCGUAG